AUGGGUCGCCCAAAGAAGGCUGCUGCUUCCUCAUCUCCAAAGAAAGUGAAAUCGCCAAAAAUGAAGGCAGAACGAAAGAAGAAGGACCCGAAUGCUCCAAAACGUGCUCAGUCGGCCUACAUGUUAUGGUUGAACGAAAACCGCUCAAAACUGGCCAAGCCUGGUAUGAGCGUCGUUGAUGUUUCAAGGGCCGCUGGUGUCGAAUGGGCCAAGGUGUCUGAUAAGUCCAAGUGGGAGAAAAUGGCCGCUGACGAGAAGAAGCGAUACGAAAAGGAGAUGGCAGCAUACAAAGCUGGGGGAUCAGCAUCUUCUCCGAAGAAGGCUGGAAAAGCUAAGGCCAAAUAA